CCGCGGGCGACUCAUUCCCGUAAUGGCCGCCGUCUGGCGUUGUCAGUGAGCGUGCGAGAGCCCGUCGCGAGAAGUUGUGUUACGUCGGGAAGCGUACGAGUCGCGAUCGCGGUGAUUUUGCGUGUGACGAGAACAGAUCGCUCGCGAGGCGAAUGGUGACAAUCAAGUACGAAGGUGAGUGCGCGGUGUGUCCGUGAUAUCGCGAUUGAACCCGCGCCGGCGGCGAUUUAAAAGCGAGCGACUAGAGCUCCGUGCAGUGUUGUGUGCUACCCCUCUCUCUCUCUCUCUCUCUCUCUUACCCUCCGUCUGUCUGUUUACCCGAAGCAUCGACCGUGACGAGUGUCAGCGACUUGUCCGAAAAUCGGUGACGCGCGUCUAGCUACCUGUCAUCGUGAACGCGAGACGCGCCGAUGUACGCCUCGCACGGCGGAUGCGCCGCCGCCACUGACGCAACGGCGUCGGCGGGCUUCCUUGCCUCGCCGCCGAAAGAUGGUAAACACAUCGAGUGACAGCGUGCGCGAGUGAGGAAACGGCCGUUUUGACUCGUCCGUAUCAUUCGGUCGCAUUGCGAGUUUGACUGUGCGAUCAAUCUACAAAGGAAAGAAAGAGAGAGAGAACGUGUCCAGUAGGGCCGCGGGCCCGAAUUCCUCACGUGGUUCAAGGUCGUCUAAAAGCAUCCAGACGUCACGAGCGAACGAACGAGCGAGCGAGCGCUGCAAGGCGACGCUUUCCACGCGGCACCGCGCGAGAGAGCUGUCAGCAGUGAACGCGUCGCGAGAUUUUUUCCCUGAAUCUUUUCGUCUCAGGACCAGAAAACUGCUUCGGAUAUGAGGACACUGUGCGUAACAACAAAACCCGAUGUACUGAGGAUCUGAAUCAGCCUACGUGGAUUCGCCCGCUGACGACGAGAGGAGAACCAUGCCAAAUUCCGGUGCCGCGUUCUUCCUACGCUUCGCGUUUGCGAUUAUGUGACGUUAUCCCGCAGUGCGCGACUGCAAGGAUAACUUGUGACCGACCGACUGUGAUUUCAACGUGCGACGCCACUGCCAAAAAAAAGGGGGAUACAAACUCGCGCCGAUCGCGAAAUUGCGUGUCUUCGUCUUGUUUGCUUCCUACGCCUUCCAAUCUGUUUUCUUGAGGACAAGUGUCUUCCACGUUAUACCAAAAACAUUCACUAUUGUCUCGCUUCGAGAUCCCUACGUCUUCCGCGAGUUUCUUGACGAGUGAACCGAGAGGACCAUCGACUUCUUUGAAUUUCGCUUGAAGCGCAUUCGAGAUAUAAGGCACAAAGGAAAAUCGAUCUUAUCUUCUUCCGCUGAUGAAGAUACCAUGACACCGAGUGAUUCAUGAAUAUUUCUCUACCGGAUCACGAACAAAUUGUCUUCUAUAUCAUAUUCUAGACUGCGUUCAAAGGCAUUUUGCAUUAUUACAAGAAGCUUGCAACAUUUAUCAUUGAUCAUCGCUUAAAUAUAUCUAAAGCGUAUUGUCGUCUUCACGUUCAUUUGUGAUUCGUACAAUCGCUUGUCCUGCGAUCCGCGAUCCUUGUUCGCGGGGAUUACGGCAGGACGACGCCGCGACGACCGUCGAGGGGCGCUUUGUCGAGCCGGCCGCGUGUGAUGCGGCGCACGCACGGUCGCUGCUGUUGCUGCUGUCUCGCGUCAGUUUGCGCGACCGCCUCGUCGCGAUAACGGCGAAGAUGUUCGGGAAAGUGCCGCCGUCGAAUACGCCAGGUCCGCCUAAUAAUAACAGCGGCCAAAUGUCAGCCAAGUCGUGCGCCAGGCCGGCACCGACGGGCACGACGACGUCGUGUCUGCCGUGCUUCUCGGCGGAGGAGACGCCGACGGUGGGCGCCGAUGACAAAGCGAGACCUUGGCGACCGACGAAGGACAGCGCCGGUGAUUCUACCGCGGUGGUUUCCGAGGCUCCCUGCAACUCCGUGCAAUCACCCAUCACUUUGACAGACGCCUCGUCCACGAUGGAGCUUCCGAGACCCUGCAGGACGGACACGACGAUCUGCGCCUCUGCCUGCCCGAAGAUCUCGGCCAAGUGUUCGCCCAAAGAAGCGCCGGUGAGCAGGAGUCAUGCCAACGCGACACAAAAGUGUCCCAUCGACCAAAAUUGCCAGAGUUUUUCGAAGACCAUGGCGCCUAGCACAGGCAGAUCGCGAAGACCGCAAUCCACCUCGACCGUGGGAAGUCUCGCUGUCGAAUCGUGUACAAAGGACUGUGCGAAAGCUGCGAAAAAAAUUGUUAUUAGCCGAGAGCCUGCGAGCGGCAAGGAACAUCAGACGACGAGUGGCAGCAGGACGACGUGUAGCGAGCAGCAGUCCAAGUGCUCUCAGGGAUACGCCAAGUUAUCUUCCGCGAAGUCUUCCGAAAUAAUCCACCAUCCGUCGCUGUCGGGCGCGAAAAGACCCAGCGAGGACGAGAACCUCUUUGUGGACGCGUGCGCGAAUUAUUCCGCGACUUCGUGUGCGACUUCGUCGAAUGGCGCGUCUGGCGUGUCAGCUAACGAGCUGUUGUACGCGCAAAAACCGGUGUCGAGGAUAGUCGACGUGAAAGACGGUGCCGGUGAUGCCGCGACGACCUGCGAGGAUGACUCGUGUGCCGGUGACUUCGUCACCUCGAUGCCGUCCAAAGACUGGAUGCGGAGAAUCACCAACGACGCGCUGCAGCAGAACUGCUACUUGCCGCAGGACAUGCCCACGGAGCUGCAGUUGUCGUCCUCGCCGAAAAACUACAGGGAGCUCAAGGAGAAGUGUCGCGAUCCACUAGUGUGGCGGCCCACAGAGAUGACGGAAAGUGCGGUACACGGACUGACGAUGUGCUCGGGCGAGACGUUUCAGGAUACGAGCUCGAAGAGGCGCACCGGGGCGUCUUGCCAGGCGCUCAGACACGCUGUCGCCUCGUUGAAUCGUUUGGAUGACUUUUACAUGGAGAAGAUAGGCGCAGGCUUCUUUUCGGAAGUCUACAAGGUUACUCAUAAAGUGACAAGUCAGGUGAUGGUGCUCAAAAUGAAUCAGCUGGCGGCGAACAGGCCGAAUAUGCUCAAGGAAGUUCAGCUUAUGAACAAGCUCAGCCAUCCGAACAUACUCAGGUUUAUGGGAGUGUGCGUGCACGAAGGCCAGCUGCAUGCAUUAACGGAGUACAUUAACGGCGGCAGCUUGGAGCAGCUGAUCAUGUCGCGGCACACGCCGCUGCCGCAUCUCGUCCGGAUGAAUCUCGCGAAGGAUGUGGCCCGCGGCAUGGCCUACCUACACAGUCGCGGCCUUUUCCAUCGUGACCUCACGUCGAAGAACGUGCUAAUCAAGAAGGACGAGUGCAGCCACGAGAUGACUGCGGUAGUAGGUGAUUUCGGACUGGCCGCGAAGAUACCCGAUCCCAGCACGGGCUAUCGGCUGAGCACUGUCGGUAGCCCCUACUGGAUGUCGCCCGAGUGCUUGAAGGGCCAGUGGUACGACCACAGGUCCGACGUCUUCUCAUUCGGGAUCGUGGUGUGCGAACUGAUCGGCCGGGUGCCCGCGGAUCCGGACGUUCUGCCACGCUCAGAUAACUUUGGCCUCGAUUACCUGGCCGUGGCGGAGAUCUGCGCGGCCGCCGAUCCGCCGCCCGCCUUCCUGCAGCUCGCCUUCAACUGCUGUACAUACGAACCAAAGUCCAGGCCGACCUUUCCGGAGAUCACGGCCAGCCUAGAGACCAUGAUAGCGGCCUUCGAGGAAGAGCUAAAGAACAACAUCGGUAAACGACAGUCCACCGUCGAUCCGACGCUGAUGUCCAGCAUGGACGAGAUCGCGCGCGAGGGACGCACGACGAAACGGCGCACCGCGAAGCUCAGGAGCCAGUCGGCGGACGCGAGAGGCUGCGACAACGCGACGCCGUCGGACAAGGCGAGGUGUCACUCGGCCAGGCGGGUGGCUGAACUCGCCAGCCGGCGGGAUCCGCAUUACAGGCCGAUGACUGCAAACCCGUUCCACGCGUUGGGCGGCGUGAAGAAGAUUCUCGGCGACCUGUUCUCCAGCUGCCUGGAACUGCCCUCGCUGGAGGACGUGCGGCCCAGCGUGACUGACGGCGCGUGCGGCAAGUUCAAGCCCGCGCAAAACGACAGCAUUGCCAAGAUCCUGGACAGAAAAAAGCCGAGCUCCGAACCGAGCAGUCCUACGGCCAGGAAGAAGUGGGAGAGGAAGGUCGCUACUAAGGUAGGCGCCGCGAGCCUGUUCGCCCAUCCGCUCUUUCGAGAUGGCUGGGAGCCACGCAGACGGGGUAGCUGCGAGUCGGGUUUCUGGAGCUGCGUCGGCGAGGAUCUGAGCCCAGAGCCGCCGAACCGACGGCACACGUCGACUCUCAGCAGCUCGGCGGCGAGUAGUCUGUUUCUGUUGGACGACCAUCGGACCAGCUCGAUCUACACAGACUCAUCCGAGGACAUCGCCAGUCUCGGUGGCGGCGAUUCGUGCUGGGAGGAACGACUAAGCGGCAUCGGCUCGUCGAGCAAAACCAUCUCGAAGAUCGUCGAGUACUUCGAGAGGAAGCAGGCGAUGGCAGGUAGACUCGGCGAUCACGGUGACACCGCUGGUCCUAGCCGCCUCACUCUGCUGCGCGCCAGUCUGGAAGGGCCCGUGCCCAUCAGCAGCAUCUCGGCCGCGCAGCGGCUCGUCGUAUGCGAAGGUGCCGUGCGCAGCAAACUCGCAUUAUUCGACAAAAAGUGAUAUUACGCGUGAUCUUGCGCGCGAGUCGGCCGGCGGUUUCUUAUCGUUUUUUCUACAACGCUCGGACGGCGCUCGCGUGAGAAGAGCAGUGAAGCGCGAUGCGGGUUUCGGGGUGGGCUCGGCAGAGGCUCGUUGUCGUGCGCGGCGACGGCGGGUAUCCUCAGACAUUACGCGAUAAUUAAAUGUAAACAGCGUGUUCUUAUAUAUAAUUUAAGAGUGAAGAGCAAAUGGCAGUUAAAGAUACAAUAGCAAUCGAUUUUAUUGCGCAUGAAAGAUUAGGGCGGGAGAGAAGAGGAUCGCAGCAUCGGCGCGUCGGAGAUCGAUCGUAUGCGGCUUGUUAGCGGGAUAUUGUUGAUACACGCGCGCGGCGUGCUGACCGAUACUUCUCUAAAAACCUAGUAACCUGACUGUGAUGUUUUUUGAUAAUCUACAUACAUACAUACAUUAUUGAGCUGUACGACUGAAAUUUGGCGGAGCCAUCAGCACACAGGAUCUUUUAUAUGCAACACGAGUCGCGUUUCAUGUACUUGGGCUAUAACGAUGCGUCGUUCGGAAGGAAAGAGAUAGAGAAAGAAAGAGAGAGAAAGAGAGGACGAAGCAAUAACGAAUUUCGUUUGAAAACUGCGUUCGAGAUUAGCGCUGGCGUAGCGCUAAUCGGUUAUUCGCGAUCGACACACCUUUUGCAGUGCCUCGCAGUUCCUAGUAGCCAUCUCCGUCCUUAUGCACACGAACCGUGGAUACUACCGGAAGGGUUUAGCUAUUCAGAUCGACGACGCUGGUAUGGAUAAGAGCGAAUUCCUUUUGUUUAAGUCGAGUGGGCGAAUCGCCGGGUCAAAAGUUCUUAUAUCUCGCUAUUCUUAGUUUUCAGAUUGAUUCGAUUAACGUCGUCAAGUCUUGGCUCAUACUUUUUCUUAUAAUGCGUUAGCAAUCCUGUCGAGCUAUUUUUUUGUUUUGAAAGUUAUUGGCUUAUUGUUGCAGCCAUGUUGGAUUUAGUUUUGCUAUAUAAAAGGAAUAAUUUGGUCGAAUGUCCACUACUCGUAUUUGAAAGAUGCCGGAGUGAGUCUUUCGAUAAUUCUUCCUUCAAUUCGAGUAAUAAAUAGCUAUAAGUUUUAAUUAACUAUUAUAGAAUUCAUUUUUUCAAAAAAUAUAGAUUGCAAUUUGCGAUAAUUUUUAUCAAUAUGAAGAAAGACACGUUUAUCAUUUAUUCUAUCGAGCACAAGAGUGACGAUGUGAAGAAAUUUAUUUGACAUUAAGAAAAAAGAAGUUUGGUUCUUCCUUUUACUGUCGUUGUCUUAGCAUGCUGCAGUGAGAGUACGAAGAGGAAACUCUUAAGUUCCUCCACGUUUACACAGAGGCCUACGCCGCGCUCGCAAGAUUCUCAUUUCGUCUUUGAUACGAAGAAUCGAUGUCGAUGCGGCGCGAAUGUUCUCGACGUUGAUUGUUUCGCGGCGAUUCACAAUCUCGCGUGUCAUAACGUUAAUAGCCCGGGACGCGCGGUACAAAGGACGCCGGAGAUAUAACGAUAAUACAUAUACAUAUAUUUUUUUGUUGGCAGAGAUACACCGUGUCCUGGAUAUUCUUGUUGACGUGUUGUGCGAAGCCGAGAGAGUUUGUCCACUUUGAGAAGAGAACAUAUGAAACUGAUCUAGUCAGUGUAUUAAUGUGGCGGCCUUAUCUUUUGUACGUUGUAGCAUUAAAGAACUUGUAGUGUUUAAGGUUAAAGUAACAAGCGUGAAAAUAAGCGUGGAAUAAAACCAGGUUCUUUCUGGUAACACGCGCGGUGUUUUUUCUUUUUCUUUUUCUUUUUUUUUCCUCUUGAACGUCAGGAUAUUUAUACAAUGGAAAACGCAAGAGUGAGAGCGUGCUAGAUAGUAUGAGUCGAGGUGCAUCGCGCCUGUUUGUAUGUAUGUGUGUUGCGGGAAGAAAGUGUAUACGUCCAAAACGAUAUAUAGAGUUAGCUACGACUUCCGCAUAUAUAACGUAAAAUCGUUUCGUCGCUCAGACGACGAGUCGAACCAAAUCUACGUUUUGUAGAGUGAUAGACUAAAUACCUUUUUACUUGUCGAAGUUCGCUCACGGGUUUACUCCAUAAGACUGUGCGUUCGUUAAUGUAAUACAUUGUAUGUAAGCAGAGAAGCUCGAAAUCGCGGUCAACGACAUUCGCAGUCUCUUCUUCCUCGUGUAUAAUGGGGAUGCGCGCCGAUGUGCGGAGUCUCUUUUUACGUUUCUUCCUUCUGUCCUUUUUAAUUUUCGCUCGUCGAGUCGAGACCCUCUGUUUCUCCUCGAUGCGCCAAUCGGUACCUGAACAGUCGAAGCGAAGGAAGGACUGCGAACGAGAUAGUUUCUUAAGCGUGCGGACAUAUCAGGAGUAUAUGGGCAUAUCCUGAGUUUCAACCCGGUCGAGAGGGCAAUAAAAAUGCGUGGUCGCGAAUGAUGGCAUUACGAGGUUACGUGUUGCGAGUGCGAAUGAGUGAGUGAGCGGGAAGAGCAUAAAAAAAUAAUAAGAAAGCGAAGUUGGCGGACCGAGUGGCGCAUUUUUAAAAAAAAAAUAUGGGUUAUUUAUUUUAAGUAAAAACAGUUAUAUUAAAGAUUAUAUAUCUAUAUAUAAAUCUAAAAAAUCGUCUCUUCCAUACUUCUCAACUGUUGUCUAGAAUCUACGGUUGUUACCGUUGUAGUACACGCAGUCCCAUCUCUUCUGGCUGUAUAUAACAUUAUACUAAAAGAGGGUACGCGCGAUACCUCGGACUGCCUCGUGGCUCUCCAUGUUGGUUGUCUAGAUAUAUACAACAAAAGAUAUAUACAACAAAAGUUUAAUAAUAAUGAGCAUUGGUGAAAGAACGCUCGAUUAUUAAAAUUCGAACAUAAAUAAGCGCGAGAAGAAGAAAAAAAAAGAAACAAUGGCGAUUGAGAGGGCGAUAAUAAUAGCUAUAAUACUUAAUAGUAAAAAGGCGAAGCUAUAUAUAUGUGUGUGUCGUAUAUAUAGCUAUGUAAAAAAUUCCUCCUAUAUAUACAAAGAUAAUAAAGUUAAGGGCUCCCGAUUUUUACCAGAAA